AUGAUUGAAUUGAAAUGUGUGAAAAAGGUUAGGGGUGGUAAUGGUUAUUAUAGUGAGCAAUUAACAAUGAUGAGAUAUGGUUUUGUUUUGAUUGUAUCAAUGCUAGUUCUCAGCACUUCAUUGUCAUCUGCAUACAAGUUUAAUGUCGGUGGCAACCAUGGUUGGGCAGUCAAAAGCUCACGACACUACUACAAUAAUUGGGCGACCAGGACUAGGUUUCGAAUCAACGACAUACUUUUUUUCAAGUACAACAAAGGAUCCGAUUCAGUAUUGGUGGUAAACAAACACGAUUAUGAUUCAUGCAACAUCAAAAAUCCAAUCCACAAGAUGCAUGAUGGAGAUUCAAUUUAUAAGUUUGACAAAGUAGGUCUCUUUCACUUCAUCAGUGGAAACCUUGUGAAUUGCCAAAAUGGUCAAAAGUUGAAGGUCGCUGUUUACUCUCCACGCCACCACCACCACCACAGUCCAUCAUUAUCUCCAACGGUUGCACCGGUGCACUCCCCAUCAUUGUCUCCCUCAUGGAAUUCUCCUGCACGCUCCCCAACACAACCAUCGGCUCGAAAUGCUCCCUCACCAAGUGCUGCUCCGACACGCUCCCCAACACAAUCACCAGCUUGGAAUUCUCCCUCACCAAGUGCUGCUCCGGCACGCUCCCCAACACAACCACCGGCUUGGAAUGCUCCCUCAUCAAGUGUUGCUCCAUCACGCUCCCCAACACAACCACCAGCUUGGAAUGCUCCCUCAUCAAGUGUUGCUCCAACACGCUCCCCAACACAACCACCAGCUUGGAAUGCUCCCUCACCAAGUGCUAUUGUCUGGACUGCUCCGGCACACUCCCCAGUACAAUCGCCAGCUUGGAAUGCUCCCUCGUCAAGUGCUGCUCCAACACAAUCGCCUCGAAAUGCUCCUUCACCCAAUAAUGAAUCUAUUUCCAAUGAGGAUGAUGAUGAUGAUGAUUCGUUUUAA